GUUCGAUCAAGAUGAAUCACAACGACAUGGCGGCGUGGACGGCGCAGUUAGCGGCUGCACGAGAAGCACUCAGCGCGAGAGGACUCACGCAUGCUGCUGCAUUUGCAUGUGAGCUGUAUGCAUCUUUGCCCUUAUCCUUGCGGGAGAAGCCAGUGCCACCCCCGGUUGGCCCCUCAUCGCCGUCGGAUGGAUUGGUCUUGCUCGCCAGGUCAUACAUGGAUCUGCAAGAAUAUUCCCGUGCAAGCCACGUGCUCGGUCAAAAACCUGUGUCGACCCUGACCGAUGUGGAAUUCUUCGUUCUCCACUACGCGAGAUACCUCGCUGGUGAACGGCGAAAGGAGCAACUGAGCUUGGAAAUGAAGAUACACUCGGGGUCAACUCCAAAACCAGCGAUGAACCCACACUUGCAGGAUCUUCUUCGAGACUUGGCAGACGCAGAUGCAAGCCCAACGAAGAACCUUGAUGCGUUUGGGUUGUAUCUGUACGCUGUCGUGUUGAAACAAGCGGGAUUUGAUCGCACAGCGGUCAAGUCGCUGUACGUUCAACUGCUGCAUCGAUCAGUGGCGUUGUUUCCGUGGAAUUGGUCAGCGUGGAUGGAGCUCGCGACCGCCAACGACGGGCUGAGUGUGGACGUAAAAUCGUGUCCGUGGAUGCCGAACCUGUUUCAAGCCCAUGUGCUGUUGUUGCAAUGCCAUAUUCCCCAGGCCAUCGAGAUCUUGGAGCGCCUCAAACUCACGUUCCCGACCAACUCGUACUUGCACUCUCAGCUGGCGCGGGCGCACUACGAGUUGCGAGAUUUCGACGCGGCGCACACUCUGUUUCGCCAACUCGCGGCGGCCGACCCGUACCGAAUGGAAGGGAUGGACUUGUACUCGGACGUGCUGUACGUGAAAGAGGACAAGACAGCGCUCAGUGAACUGGCCCACCUCGUCCAGCAAAUCGACAAGUACAGGCCCGAAACGAACUGCGUCAUCGGCAACUACUACGCUCUCAAGGGUCAACACGAGCGCGCGAUCGGGUACUUCAACCGCGCGAUCACGCUCGACAGCGACUGCGUGGCAGCAUGGACUUUGAUCGGACAUGAGUAUAUUCAGAUGAAAAACACAAAUGCGGCCAUCGAGGUGUACCGCCGGGCGCUCGACCUCGCCCCAAACGACUACCGUGCCUGGUACGGCCUCGGGCAAGCCUACGAACUGCUCGACCUGUUUCACUACAGCGUGUAUUACUACCAAAAGGCGUCGGCCAUCCGCCCGUACGACGCGCGGAUGUGGGUAGCGCUGGGUGGCGCAUUUGAGAAGGUCGGUCAGGUUGCCCAAGCCAAAUCGUGCUACUUGCGCGCCGUGACGAAUAAAGACGCCGAGGGAAUUGCAGUAAUUCGCCUUGCCAAGCUGUACGAGCAAGUGGAAAAGGACCUGGACAAAGCGGCCGAGUACUAUCGCAUGCACUGGCGGGACCGCGCGGUUGUCCAUGGCGGCAAUUCUACCGAUGCAGUUGCAGCGAUGUUGUUCCUGGCAAACUAUUCCAUGCAGCGCGGCAACAUCCCGGAAGCCAUGGAGUGGUGCAACAAACUGUUGGAGCGCGAUGGACCGGAAAAGGAAGAAGCGAAAUCGAUGCUGCAGGCGAUGCGACGGAUGGAAUUCUUGGCGCCGUCCGAGUCGCCGUAGUUCGUCCAACGCGCUCUUGUUUCGUGGAGCGCUGUGGCCCAAGCGACGGACCUUGUAGCACUCAGAAAUGUGUUGCCAACGACGCGCUCCCUCGACGCGGACAACGACAAAGGAAGGAGGUGUUAGCAAUGUUAAAAUAGGGCGUGGCAGCUAUCAUGCAUGCGAGCAAAGAUGAUGUUAGAACCCCAAGAGGUUGUCUGGGGAAGCAGUGGGUUGCGACGCUUCCGCGGGCGACGACAAGGGACCUCCGAGCUGCUUUUUGAUCGAGACAGAAGUACCUCCAACUGAAACGGCGGUCGAGUUGAUGGACAAGUUGGCUCGCUGGGCUUCUUGCGUCUGGCGCUUCCCUCCUCGCAACCGAUCCGCUAGCGCAGAGUUCUUGGGAGUGCUCGACGCAGUAGUGAUGUUGCCCGUGGACGGCGAAGCGUCGCCAAAGAUCGAGAGGUUGGCGGCGGCACUUGAGAGUCCACCACUUGUGGCUUGACUGCCAACAGACGUAGGAGUUGACGCAGGAGUGGCCCCACCGCUAAAGGGGUCAAAGACGCCGCCGGCAGGUGGUGGAGCCUUUGUGUCGAGGUUGAGGUGGCCACUGUUUGUGCGGGACGACGGUUUGGGUGCUCCGCCCGUGAAGCAACUGAACGGAUCGGCGCCACCGCUGGCGCCAAGUGGGUCUGGCUUCUUCUGCAAGAGAUUCUUGAUGCUGUCGUACAUGAUCGGCGGGGGCGCUUGUUGCCCGCAUUGACCGAACAUUCCCCCACCCUGCAUUGGCGAUGGAACCGGUGCUUGUGGCAUGCCAAAGUUCAUGCCACCGCCCAUUCCAAGCCCUCCCAAGUUCAUUUGCUGCGGCGACGGCACAGGCAUUCCAUACGCUGGUGGUGGUGUGGGCUGACCAAACGGUUGCUGCGAUGGUUGUUGCUGGAUUGAAUACGGAUACGCUGGUGUCUUGGAGGCCGAGGGCUUGCCACCUAGAGGAUCGAGGUUCGCAAAGGCGUCCAUGGCUACGUCGAGGGCUUGUCUAGUGGAGAGGGAAAGGAUUACUGACAGGCGCAUGCCGCCAUGGCCGCGAUCUCUCGCCAACCGCAAAUUCCGCCAUGUCGG